AUGAAGGUCUCUGCAGCCCUUUUUGCUCUUCUCCUCAUUGCAGCCUCCUGCUCCCAGACUUUCUCUGCCCCAGCUGGACCUGUCUCCUCAGCCUGCUGCUUCUCUUACGCACACCAGAAGCUGCCAAAGAAGCUUAUUGAGCUUUACUACCGCACCAGCGACAGCUGCGCACUGCCGGCCGUCGUGUUCAUCACAAAGAAAGGUCGCCAGGUCUGUGCCAAUCCCAAUGACCUCUGGGUGCAGAACUACCUGCAGAACCUGAUGCAGAACUGA